UUCCAUUUUUACCACCAAGGUUGUGAACUGUCUGCUGCAGGAGCGAAUAACGUCCAGCAGAAGGCAGCAGAGCGGCAGUUACAGACUGCUGUCCGUGCAGAUGCCUGCUCAAAAAUAAUAAUUAAAAAAGACGUAAGGCUUCGCUUUUCAUAUUUAUGGAUCCAGUCUGAUUAUCAAUCUGCUUUAUGUCACAGAGCGCAGACACCAUGAAGGAAGUGGAUCAUGUUCACCACAUCAACUUUGAAAGUCUGCCUUUAGAGGACAAACUGCAAAUGAAACAGCUCGACGUCCAGCAGGAUGCUGGCGCAAACCAAACAACUGAUGUGGAGCAGCUCUUGGUGAUAAAAGAAGAGGUUCCUGAAGAAAACCUCCAAAUAAAGAAGGAAGAGGAAGAACUCUGCCCCAAUGCCGAUGGAGAGCUGAUCAACGAGGAGGAGGAAGAGACUGAGGACAACUGGUUCCCCUUCACGGUUGUUACUGUGAAGAUUGAGGAUGAUGAAGAGAAGCUUCAGUUAUCAGAUCUUCAUCACAUUAAAACUGAAGACAAUAUGGAGACAGAGGCUCCAAGCAGCAGCUCAGCUGAACAGAUGCAACAAAGUCCAGCAGGAGUUCAAGCGGGAUGGAAGGCGAUCCCGGGAAAACGGUGUUCGGACGAGGACCAACGGAUAUUGGCGAUUAAAGAAGAGGUUCCCGUUCUGUCGAGAUCCAGUUCAGACCAGAAGGACUCGGAGCUUAUCAAGAUAAAGAAGGAAGAGGAGGAACUGUGGAUCAGUCAGGAGGAAGAACGGCUUACUGUGAAGAAUGAAGAUGAAGAGAAAUUUCGGUUAUCAGAGCUCCAGGAAAUUAAAGCUGAAGCCAACAGAGAGGCUGAAUCUUUAACCAGCAGUUCAGCUGAACAGAUGGAAACAGAACCUGAUGGAGAGUAUGGUGGAGGACCAGAACCUUAUGGGGCUUUUAACAGUAUUUAUGGAAAAGCAAUAAAUAAUGAGACUGCUGUUAAAUUACACACAAUGACUCACACUGGAAACAGAAAACAUGGCUCUGAUCUUUGUGGUAAAGGAUUUAGAGAAAAGGGUUACCUUCAGACACAUCAGUCGCAACUUCGGACUGAAGAGAGAAUAUUUGCCUGUGAUGUUUGUGGCACGAGGUUUCAAAGACGUGAAACUCUUAAAAACCACAUGAGGAUCCACCCCACGGAGAGACAGUUCAUCUGCACUGUUUGUAGCAAAGCGUUUUCAAGACAAGAUCAUCUAAAGAGUCACACUCGUGUUCACACCGGAGAGAAACCGUUCAGUUGUAGUUUUUGCAGUAAAGGAUUUUCACAGCAAAUUCAUCUGAAGAGUCACAUGCGAGUUCACACGGGAGAGAAACCGUUCGUUUGUAGCUUUUGUAGCAAAGGAUUUUCGCGACAGGAUCUUCUGAAGAGUCACAUGCGAGUUCACACGGGUGAAAAACCGUUUGUCUGCGGUGUUUGCAGCAAAGGAUUCUCACAACAGAAUCACCUGAAAAACCACAUGGGUUUUCACACGACGCCGUUUAGCUGUAGCGACUGCGGUAAACGUUUUGUGAAGGAGGACCAGUUAAAGCGACAUGUGAGGCUCCACACGGAAGGAAGACCAUUUGGUUGUGACGUCUGUAAAAGCAGGUUUUAUAAAAGGUAUCAUCUUGAAAAUCAUAUGAGGAUCCAUUCAGGAGAGAAACCGUUUGUGUGUGGAGUUUGCAGUAAAGCAUUUUCACGAGACGGGGAUCUGAAGCGACACAUGGGUGCCCAUGAGGGCUGUAACUAAUGAGUCAAUAAAUCUAUGUUUUAUGAUCA